AUGCGUCUGUCCCCUGCGUGGUACCAGUUCCUGGUCGGCGUCUUCGCCUCUCUUGGAUCGUUCCUCUAUGGAUAUGACUUGGGUGUUAUCGCCGAAGUGAUUAUUUGUCAAUCAUUCACGUCGAAGUUUGCCCCCGAUGACACACAGAAAGGAUUGGUAGUGUCUCUGUUCACAGCCGGAGCAUGCGUUGGCGCCGGCAUGGGCGGUCCUGUCGGUGACUUCGUAGGUCGACGACGGACCAUUUCACUGGGAUGUCUGGUAUUCUGUCUUGGAGGUGGUCUGCAGACCGGUGCACAGUCCAUCGCAUACUUGUACAGUGGACGAUUCCUUGCUGGAUUCGGUGUCGGCUUCCUCACUAUGAUGAUUCCCCUAUAUCAGGCCGAGAUCUGCCACCCCAGCAUUCGUGGCCGAGUCACAGCUCUGCAGCAGUUCAUGCUGGGAGUUGGAGCGCUGUGUGCUACCUGGAUCGGCUAUGGCACAUACACCGGUAUCUCUCCAGACAACCACGCACAAUGGCAAGUGCCUCUGGGUAUCCAAAUUGCGCCUGCUGUGUUCCUGGGUUUAUUGAUAUCUUUCUUCCCCGAGUCGCCUCGUUGGCUCAUCGAUCACAACCGUGCUGAAGAGGGCUUGCGUACAUUGGCUCAGUUGCACGCUCAUGGCGAUGAGAAUGACGCUUGGGUGCAAGCGGAAUAUGCCCAAAUCCAGGAAAGCAUCACUUUCGAACACGAGAACGAGGCCAAGUCGUAUCUGGACCUGUUCACCCACCGCUCUUCUUUCCGUCGAUUGUUCCUUUGCUGCGCUCUGCAGGCUUCCGUUCAGAUGACCGGUGUUUCAGCAAUCCAAUACUACUCACCCGAGAUCUACGGCCAGAUUGGAAUCUCCAGCGAAGAUACCCUGAAGUACCAAGCUAUCAACUCGAUUAUCGCACUGAUCGCGCAGUUCCUCUGUAUGAUGUUCAUUGAUCGCUUCGGUCGACGCUGGACGCUGAUCACAGGAAACCUUGGCAACAUGGUCACCUUCAUUGUGGCGACUGUUUUGCUUGCCAAAUUCCCACCAGAAACCAACAACCAAGGUGCCCACUGGGGCUUCAUUAUCAUGACCUGGCUGUACAACUUCUCCUUCUCUGCAACCUGUGGCCCGCUGUCCUGGAUCAUUCCAGCCGAGGUGUUCGAUACCCGUACGCGUGCAAAGGGUGUUUCGCUCGCGACCAUGCUUUCAUUCGCCUUCAACACGAUGAUUGGUCAGGUCACCCCGAUUGCGAUGACGAAUAUUGGGUAUCGGUUCUACUUCGUGUUUGUCAUUUGUAACUUUACCAAUGCGGUGUUCUUCUGGCUUCUGCUCCCGGAAACCAAGCAGGUGCCUCUUGAGGAGAUGAACCAGAUUUUCACCAACUCGCCGUGGAUUGUGCCUGGAACCCGCAGGGAACAGUAUCUGACUCACGAUUUGGAGCACAGGGUCGAGGAGCAGGAAGUAAAGCAGGGCUCUAAGCAUCUUGAGUAG